AUGUCAGGCUCUACAGAGGAACUGACAUUUAAACCGGCUUUCUACAAAGGUAGAUCUCGUGACAAAUGCAUCCUAGCUUUGAUAACUGUUGGUGGGUUAGCCCUACUUAUUGGACUGGCUGUAGCGAUUCCCAUGUCCAAACGAGAUGCUUCGCCGUCAAAUACAUCCUUUCUACAACCUGCACGAGACUUCCUAGAAAACCACGUGUUAAUUGAUGGUCACAAUGAUCUUCCUUGGCAGUAUCGUCGGUACGCAUCAAAUAAGGUGUACUCUGUCAAUCUGAAUGAGGAUACAAGGAUUCAGUGGCCCCCAGGAACACCCAUGACCGACUACUCCUAUGAAGCUAUAUUUCCUCAGACCGAUAUCCCACGGCUCCGCGCGGGACGUGUAGGCGCUCAGUUCUGGGCAGCGUUCAUUAUUUGUGCUGCCACUGCCAAAGACGCUGUGCGACAAGGGUUUGACCAAGUUGAUGUAAUCCACAAGAUGAUUAGGAAAUACCCAGAGACCUUUACACUAGCUCUCUCUGCUGACGAUAUUGAAACAGUAUUUGCCAACAAGAAAAUUGCCAGCCUUAUUGGUCUCGAAAGUGGUCACAUGAUCGGAAAUACCCUUGGUGUUCUCCGGAUGUAUUAUAAGGUCGGGGUAAGGUACAUGACCUUGACCCACAGUUGUGACAAUGAUUGGGCGGAUAAUUACAAAGCGGACGAAAAUGGAGGAAUUUCUAAAGGUCUGACGAGUUUUGGGAAGAUUGUAGUAAAGGAAAUGAACAGACUAGGUAUGAUGGUUGAUUUGUCACAUGUGUCCCGUCAAACCAUGCUUGACGCCAUUGAAACUUCUGCAGCACCCGUCAUCUUCAGUCAUUCCUCCGUUUUCUCUAUAUGUAGUCAUUACAGAAAUGUCCAGGAUGAUGUCCUCCUGAAGCUGAGAGACAAUAAUGGUAUAAUAAUGAUAAAUUUCUACACUGGAUACAUCAACAAUGCUACAGAUCACAGAAACACAACAACUGUGCAACAGGUGGCAGAUCACAUUGAUUACGUGAAGAAUUAUAUCGGUGUUGAUUAUGUGGGAUUGGGUGCUGACUAUGACGGUGUUGCAACCAUGCCCAUUGAGCUCCAGGAUGUGUCGACUUUCCCUGUGCUAAUUGCCGAACUAAUGAAACGAAACUGGUCGACCGAGGAACUUAGCAAGCUAGCUGGACAGAAUUUACUUCGUGUCUUCAGGGAUGUAGAAAGGGUACGCAAUGCGAAGAGCAACGAGAAGCCAUUUGAGGACAUCAUCGAUCCUGCCACGUUUGUGUUGCCGCAUUACGACUGCACUACAAGUUUUUAA